UAUAUUUGUGUAUUUUGUUUUGUGAAAUAUUUAUAAUGAAGUGUGCCGUAGACGGAUGCAAGAAUUGUUCGGGUACACAAUCUAAAAGUGUUGAUGGUAUAACGUUUCAUGUGUUUCCAGUUAAUACAGAAAUAAGGAAGUUGUGGUUACAAAAUUUAAAGAAACCUAAUUGGUCACCAACGAUUUACUCGAAAAUAUGUUCGAUACAUUUUGAUCCAAAUGACUUUUAUCAUACGAAAAGUGGUUUUAAGAAGCUGCGACAAGGAUCGAUACCCAAGUUGAAUUUGGAAAACAAGCCUGUCAAAAGGGUAAGGAAAAAGGACACGAAUACCCCCAAGAAAUUUCCAAAUCGUGUACCAAAAUCAAAGCAAUCACAGCCAUUACACGUAGUGUCGAAACAUGCACGCAACGGGAACAAAAAAGCUCAGAAGUGUCCAAAAUGUAACACGGUCCUCCCAACAGCAACUGCGCCUGAGUCAAACACGCAAGUGAGAUCAGUAAUAGCGAGGGUAUAUCACUUCUUGGAGCGCGAGUACGAACAGUUGAAGAGCUUGCACCCGGAGACGGACUGGUCUCCGCUGAGCAGGGUCAGGCAGCGCGCGGCCGUCGCCACCGGCGUCUCGGAGCCCGACGUGAUUCAAAUACUCAGCGAGGAGGCUGACACUCACGCCGCUGACGAAGACCCGCCCAGGAAACGACCUAGAACAGACCACCAGAGUUCAUCUGACGAUGAUGAUGAUGAUGAGGAUGAUGACGAGGACGAUGAUGAUGAUGAUGAUGAUGAUGGAACUAUCAAUAAUGAUGAGGACAGUGAGAGACAAGCUGUAGAUUAUCCGAAGGAGUCGUUAUACAUCGAUGUCGCACCGAUGAUGGAGGCCACUCAAAUGGUUGAAUUUGAAUCGGAAAUGGUUAAUAUUAAACAAGAACCGGAAUACUCAACGGAUAAAACGUACACGGUACCGGUGACUGUGUGUAUACCGAAACUAGAGCCGCCAGAUGAACGUCAUUGUCAAAAUAUUAAUGUAAAUAACUCGGCAGCUGAAGUGACCAACGAUGACAUAGUGCGACGAGACAAACAGACAACUAUAUCUCAACCAGCACCACAUGUGCACACUCGGGACCCGCUGAUGAUAGAAGUGAAACUGGAAGAAAUAACUAUAGAACAUGAGGGGAUCAGUUAAUAUACUAUCUAUACCUACUUCUAUCUAUACUUAUAAUCUUUACUUCGAAUCACCUUCAAAUGUUAAAGAUUCAUAAUGAUACUAGAUUUUGAGUAGACACUUACAGCCUUACUACAAAAAAUUAAACAUCUGUUCAACACUUGUCUGAAAGAAGUGUGGCUGCAAAACGGACCUUAUUUCAACGUCAUAAUCUGACAUUUUUUAGACAAGUGUUCAACAGGCGUUUAAAAGUUUUUGUGGUACGACGGAUAGUUUUUAAAAUUGUAAUGAAGGAACACAGGUAUACUCAAGUUUGUUGUACUAUUUCUUAGUUUUUUUAAAAGGUGAAAGUUACAAAUAUGUACAAACUUUUAAAAUAAAAAUGUCUAAAACUU